GCUGAGCUGAACGGGGCAGUGCAGAAAGCAGCGCAUUUAAAACCGCCCAGGGAAGACACCACAUUUACGAGGCUAGUUUUGUUUUUUUGCUGCCUCCCUCCCUCCCUCCUCGACCCGGGUUGACUCUGUCCGGUCCACAAUGAGUUGAUCGAGAGGUAGGCAACACCGGUUUACCUGAGGAAGUCAUUUUUUUUUAACCCCACCAGACACUUACUCUGCUGUGACUUUUAUUUCAUUUCAUUGGAUUCCGUGUCGGACUGCUGCUGCUGUUGCUGCCAUCCUGAAAGAAAUAGGGGGACUCUUGCUUUUGUCAACUCUAGAGUUUGCCUUUGAAUAAAGAAAUAGGUUAUGUAGGUAGGCAUUGCUGUCGGAUACAUCUCCGCCCCGUUGUUUACAUGUUGUAAUUGGAUUUUCCAUCAUUUCCAGCAGCAGUAGCCUAGUAGUAGCUCAGGGUUUCCUCUCUUCUCCUCCUCUUGUUCCUCCGUCUUCUGUUUGGAACUUUUUGCCGGGUGGUCCAGGUUGUGACGAGGCCGGUGGUGGUGGAGAAGAAGAUGGGACUACCUGCUCUGGAGUUCAGUGACUGCUACCUGGACAGCCCGCAGUUCAGGGAGAGACUCAAGUCCCACGAGCUGGAGCUGGACAAGACCAACAAGUUCAUCAAGGAGCUGAUAAAAGACGGCAAGGCGCUGAUCCUGGCUUUGAAAAGUCUGUCAACAGCCAAGAGGAAAUUUGCUGACUCUCUCAACGAGUUUAAAUUCCAGUGUAUUGGAGACGCAGAGACAGAUGACGAGAUAUGCAUAGCUAAGUCGCUACAGGAGUUUGCAGCUGUCCUACAGAACCUUGAGGAUGAGAGGACACGUAUGAUUGAGAAUGCCAGCGAUGUGCUGAUUAUGCCUCUGGAGCGGUUCAGGAAAGAACAGAUCAGUGCAGCCAAGGAAGCCAGGAAAAAAUAUGACAAAGAGACAGAAAAGUAUUGUGCAGUGCUGGAGAAGCACCUUAGCCUUUCAGCAAAGAAGAAAGAGUCCCAUCUACAUGAGGCGGACAACCAGCUGUUGGCAUUCCUCCAAGGCCUGUUCACCUACUAUCACCACGGCUAUGAGCUGGCAAAGGACUUCAACCACUUCAAGACUGAUCUCACCAUCAGCAUACAGAAUACGAGGAACCGUUUUGAGAGCACGCGGUCAGAGGUGGAGAGUCUGAUGAGGAAGAUGAAGGAGAAUCCACAUGAACACAAGAGUGUCAGCCAGCACACCAUGGAGGGAUACCUGUUUGUGCAGGAGAAGCGCUCAUUUGUAUCUACCUGGGUGAAGUACUACUGUACGUACCAUCGUGAGCCCAAGAGGAUCACCAUGGUCCUAUUUGACCCUAAAUCGGGAGGGAAAACGGGAGAAGAGGAGAGCUUCACCCUCAAGUCGUGCACCAGGAGGAAGACAGACUCGAUAGAAAAGAGGUUCUGUUUUGAUGUGGAGGCUGUGGACAGACCGGGAGUAAUGACCAUGCAGGCUCUGUCAGAAGAAGACCGCAGGCUGUGGAUGGAGGCCAUGGAUGGGAGAGAACCGGUAUACAAUCUGAACAGAGACAACCAGGCUGAGGGCAUGGCCCAGCUGGAUGUGAUUGGGUUCAACGUGAUGAAAAAAUUCAUUUAUGCAGUGGAGACUCGAGGUAUCGAUGAUCAGGGCUUGUACAGAAUCGUUGGCGUCAACUCCAGAGUACAAAAACUACUAGGCCUCGCUAUGGAUCCUAAGACAUGUGCUGAUGUGGAGCUGGAAAACUCAGAGUGGGAGAUCAAGACUAUCACGAGUGCUAUUAAGCACUAUCUCAGAGUGCUGCCCGGACCUCUCAUGACAUACCAGUACCAGAGGAGCUUCAUCAAAGCAGCCAAGUUGGACAACCAAGAGGCCAGAGUGACAGAGAUCCAUGCCCUGGUGCACCGGCUGCCUGAGAAGAACAGACAGAUGCUGGAGCUGCUUAUAAAACACCUGGCAACUGUGGCUAAUCACCACCAGCAGAACCUGAUGACCAUCGCCAAUCUGGGUGUGGUCUUCGGUCCAACUCUGCUCCGCCCACAGGAGGAGACAGUGGCAGCCAUCAUGGACAUCAAGUUCCAGAACAUUGUAGUAGAGAUCCUUAUAGAGCACCAUGAGAAGAUAUUCAGGGACGUGCCGAUUUCUGUAGGCGUUCCGACCAACAUGCAGCUCAACCUGUCCAGGAGGACAAGCACCGAGAGCAAAGCCCCGUCCUGCAGCGAGAGGCCGCUCACACUCUUCCACACACCAACACAUUCCCAGAAAGGUGAAAAGAAGAACAGUGUUGUCAACACCACAGUCGCUGAGCUGCAGCAGCCGGUUUCCUCCUCUACCAACUGUAACAGCAGCAGCAGUAGCAGCAGCGGCGGUAGCCAAGGUCGAACCCCGAGACACAGCCUGACCAGCAACGAUGGAGAGCAGGACACCCGGCAGAUCCGGCCCAGCUCACUGCUGAACCCAAAGUGUCGUGGCAGCAUACCGACCAGCCCAAUUUCUCCCAGCCCCACCUCACCACGUUCUCCCUCCUGGCCGAUGUUCUCAGCCCCAUCAAGUCCGCAGGCAACAUCCUCUGCCUCCAGUGACUCCUCCCCUGUCAGUAUUGCGGGCAGGAAGGCUCGAGCGCUGUAUGCUUGUAAGGCAGAGCAUAACUCCGAGCUGUCCUUCAUCGCUGGGACCAUCUUUGAGAACGUUCAUGCCUCCAGGGAGCCCGGUUGGCUGGAAGGGACUCUGGAUGGGCGAACAGGAUUGAUACCAGAAAACUAUGUUGACUUUUUAUAGUCCAGGGCUGAGAAAAAGUCUUGAACUGGACAAUACUGGACUGGAGUUGACUGCACAAGACUAAACAGUCUCUAUUAGAUUGUAUUAUAUACUGGACUGGAUCAUUGUUGAUGAGGCCUCUCUUGUCUCUUGUCUUGACAAGACUGGGAAUUGAAACUGAACCAAGCAGAACCAUAUGGAAUGGAUAUCAAGCAGGGCCAGAGGAGGACCCCUUGAAUUGCACUGAAAAAAAACAAGAAAAAAACAAAGAUGAGUCCCACUGUGGUUCUGCUGUUAUUGGAUUAGUAUAGAUUACUUCCCAAAUCCUGGUGAAUAUAUUGUGGUAAUGAAUCUGGAAUGUGUGUGGGGUGGGUAUAAAUGAGUUGAUAAUUCUGAGCCGUAAGGUUUUUCAGCCCUUGCUUUAUUACUUUGGACUGCACUGCCAUUCCUUUAGAAUCUCCUCUUUUUAUCAGCCAGAAAUAUAAAAAUCGUCCUGAGGAGAUGAUGGAGAUGAUGACAGGGAACAAGAUAAAAAGCAAGUGGCCUUUAACUUUGGACUUGCUAGUUUACCUCCUCACUGUGCGCUGUUUGAAUGAUUGCUAAUCCUAUUGGGGGACCAGAGCUUUUAAAGCCAAUUUAAAUGAUUGGGUUUUGGUUGUACGGCUGUAAAUGUGUUUGUGAGCACUUGCUUUGGUGUUCUGGUAAUUCUCCAGUACAAGACUCAACCUGGCUAAUGUUUCAGAGCUCUAGUUCAGCAACAGGAGCCCCAGGGCAGAUCAGCUCAGGAUGAGGUCGCCUCCAAAACAGUUCACCAAAAGGUCAGCACUGGGUCUAUCCUUAUUUCAAAUGCCCCUCUCUGCAAAGCCCUCACAAAAAAUGUGAAAAAAUUCAAACAAGCACCACAAGCAGAUUUUACAAUGGUUUGUAAUGGUUUACAAUGCAGUGUAGGAGUAACAACAGAUUCCUGCUGGUUAAAACAAGCCCAGCUGUGAGGCCUCGUUCUGCUUCCCCAACUUAGUUAUUUUUGGAUUUUUGGAAGUAAUUGGAUCCAGUAUCGUAUAUAGUGUUGAGUCAUGUUAGAACCAUUUCAGGAUGUUGUAUUUUUCACAUUGCAGGGCACCUGUGUACUAAACCAUUAAUGUUGUUUUUCAACCUCAUUUCAGAAAUACAUUUAGUUUGAUUGAUCAUAUGUAUUUAUUUGAAGCCUGGCUCUAUUUCUAGUUUUAACCAUCAUGCAGAUUCAAUCAUUGAGCAAACUCAAAAUAUGCAUUAGAUAAGUGAUGACUCAACAUAAAGGUCUUUUUCUGUUAUGUAGAAUCACAAAGACGAUGCUAAUAAUGUAAUUAUCUGAGGACGGACAUUUGGAACCAGAGUUUACAGCCAUUCAUUUACAAGUUAAUGAAAAUGCAAAUGUAUUUUUUAGAGAAUCUCAGUCAUUUGAAAUCAUUAUUUUUCAGAAUUGCUGAGUUUUGUACUGUAUAUGCUAAGCUGGUCUGCUUUGGGGCUCCAAUGAAUGUCCUCAUUUCAUGAAUCGAAGCUGAACUUUUUCUUUGAACCACUUGGUGAACAUCUGUAUCAAAGGUUUUUGUUUUAGUUUCAGUUAGGACUGAAUAUUGGGGAGAGCAAAAAAACUAAACUAAAAUGUGAAAUGAGACUACUUUGUUUAAAUCUCUUAUUUUAUCUUAUUUCCAGUAUAAAAUCUUAUUUAUGAGAGUUUCUCACAGCCUCAAUCCUGAACUGUUUUCAUUUUAAGGUGUUUUUUGACAUUGUAAAUAAAUACACAGCAUUUGAUAAGGUAUAAUUUUUUUAAGUAUGACAUUUUAUAUUUUGUAUUUUUAGCAUACUAACUUAAUUCCUUAAUUCCAUCUUUGUUGCCCAGAUGAUUUUUGUAUCAUUUAAGUCUAUCUACAGCCUUAAAUAUCAUUUCAGAUGUUUUGGUUAAUUGACAAGAUUGUGCAGAAUAAAAGAUAAAUGUUCAACAGC